CAAGCAGCCAAUCCCUCCACUUCUCGAGCCCCGCCUCCUCCCCUGGUCUCCACUGCGCCGCCUCCCCCCCCCCCUUCCCUUUUCUCCUCCCGUGCUCUCGCCCGGGCCGAGCCGAGCGACCUCCUGGCCAGCAUCUACUCCAUCUUGUUUUUCUCCGGCUAAACAACGGUGAGCCCGCGGAUCUGGCGUCCCGGGAGUGGAAGGGGAUCUGGCGUCCUGGGAGUGGAAGAAACGAGGAGCAUCCACCCGAUGGGGGAGGAGGUGGCGCCCAGGGAGAGGGGUGGCGGCGGCCCCUCUGCCUACCACCGAGGUCUGGGAGAAACAUGGAGGUGGCAGGGAGCAUGGGAGCGAUAGCGGUGACUGGAUGCCAGGAGCUUGACGAGGUCCAUGCCGGCAGCACCCUCUCGCUCAACCUUACUGGCGGCGUGGCUGUACAAACGACGUCGGUCGAUGGUGGGGCUGGAGAAUCAGGAAAGUCCAUGAUAUCUAUGCAGAUAAAUCUUCUUUUCUGGACCGGCUUUGAUGUGGCGGAACACAAGGGCUAUACGACAGUCAACCAUGUCAUCGUGUACCAGACAAUCAAAUUAAUGUAUGAUGGGGCUAAAGAGCUUGCCCAAGGGGAAUCUGACUACUCAAAAUAUGCUAUUUUACCUGAUAAUCAGCUAAGAAAUAAGUUAAGAGAGGCGGAACCCGACCCUGAUGACAGCCAAAAUCAGGCCCCACUCCUCUCUCUCUCUGGCACCUACUCUUCAGAUGGCCAACAACACUUUGCCAGCAACGGCUGCUGUCCAGUUAAGAGCAAGUAUGUUUUGUUGCUGAAGCAUUAUUUGGAUUAUAGUUACUUCUCUGUUUCUGUGAAUAACUACACAUGUGUUCUUCUACUUUUCAUACUGUCAAAUUCUUAUCUUUGUACAUGGAUCCAUUAAGAACAUUAAAUAGACCACCCAGUUCAUGUAGAAUAUUGUCUAAUGCCUUCAAUUAUGCCAUGAUGUAUUCAUACAAGGUGAUGUUAUAACCAUAUCUAGAGAAGAUCACAGACAAGUUUCUUCAGCACUAUUGUGUUCACUAUGCUCUCCACUGGCAUGUCAGCAUUAUACAGUGUUCUUGUGAUAACUGAGAAAUAUAUUGUGGCUGAUGUCAUGGCAAGGCUACUACAAUCCUGACUUUGUCAAGUAUUAAGUAUUAUUGAGAUUAUGAAGUUUGUUUAUUUACAGUGUGUUGCUCUCCUAUCUUCAGGAGAUUGGAGAAAAACUAUCAAAAAUAAGUGUCAGGUUUGAUUACCCACCCCUUAACAAAGAAGUCAUACAGGGUGUAUGAAAUCUAUGGGAAGAUCCAUCCAUCUAGGUGAAAAUAAGUUCAUAUUUCUGUAAAUGUGUAUACUGUCAAGCAACCAGUUUUAUUAUAAAGAAAUGCAUCUGUAAGAAACUUACUUGUGGAA